UGUGUAAUGUGUUAGGUUGUUAACUGUUUUUAUACUGUAGCACUGAAUUUUUGCUGUUCGUAUUUGUUGUGAACCGCUGUGAGUCGCCUUCGGGCUGAGAACAGCGGUAUAUAAGUAAGGUAAAAUAAAUAAAUAAAUAAAUAAAUAAUGGGAGUCUUUCUCCGUGUAAGAUAAUGAGAGUUGUAGCCUUGCAAGAUAAUGAGAGUUGUAGUUUUGCAAGAUAAUGGGAGUUGUAGCCUUGCAAGAUAAUGGGACUUGUAGUCUUGCAUGAGAAUGGGAGUUUUUCUCCGUGUAAGAUAAUGGGAGUUGUAGCCUUGGAAGACAAUGUGAGUUGUAGCCUUGCAAGAUAAUGAGAGUUGGAGUUUUGCAAGAUAAUGAGAGUUGUAGUUUUGCAAGAUAAUGAGAGUUGUAGUUUUGCAAGAUAAUGGGAGUUGUAGCCUUGCAAGAUAAUGGGACUUGUAGUUUUGCAAGAUCAUGAGAGUUGUAGUUUUGCAAGAUAAUGGGAGUUGUAGCCUUGGAAGACAAUGUGAGUUGUAGCCUUGCAAGAUAAUGAGAGUUGUAGUUUUGCAAGAUAAUGGGAGUUGUCAUCUACAAAUCCCAGGACCCUAUUCCACCCAGCUAUACCAGUUAAAGCGGCAUCAAAAUGCAUUCAUUCUGUGUGUAGAUGCACUCCAGGGAGGGGCGUUCUCUUUUAGUUCAGAAUCAACUCGGAACGUAUCUGUGGCGUGUGCAUCUUUUCUUAUUCAUACCUCUGUCAAGCAGAAAAGGAGGGCGGAGCUUGGAAAGGAACAGGGGAACCGGAAGAAGGAAGUGGCAUAGGGGGCUUCCACGUGGUUUCUGCUGCUGGGAGAACAUCCUGUCUCAGUAGAAAGGCACAGAAGCAGAGCUCAGCAACACUCCGGAGGAAAAAAUGGUGCGCAAGCUGAAGUUCCAUGAGCAGAAGCUCCUCAAGAAGCUCGACUUUGUCAACUGGGAGGCCUCUACAGGGAACCUCCAUGAGCUGCGCAUACUCCGCCGUUUCCGCCUGCAAAAGAGGGAAGACUACACCCGCUACAACCAGCUCAGCCGGGCAAUCCGAGAACUGGCUCGCCGCAUCCGGGACCUCGGCGACGCGCCUGAGUCAGCGACUUUCCGGGCUCAGAGCACAGCAGCCCUCCUGGAGAAGCUCUAUGCCAUGGGGCUGGUGUCGUCCAAGCGCUCCCUGGAACAGUGCGACCGGGUCUCGGCCAGCUCCUUCUGCCGCCGGCGCUUGCCCUGCCUGCUCCUGAAGCUCCGCAUGGCCCAGAACAUGAAGUCGGCAGUCACCUUCGUGGAGCAGGGCCACGUCCGGGUUGGGCCAGAGGUCAUGACGGACCCAGCCUUUUUGGUGACCCGAGCCAUGGAGGACUUCAUCACCUGGACGGACUCCUCUCGCAUCCGCCAACAUGUCCUGAACUACAACCAGGAACGGGACGAUUUUGACUUGGCUUGUUAAGACUACCGUUUCCUCAUCCCUUUUGUUAACCCCAACCUCUUAUAUAAUCCUCUAUGGCUGUAUCUACACUGCCAUGUGACCCAGUUUUUUAAAUCCAGACUCUGCUUUGAACUGGAUUGUAUGAGGCCCCUUCUACACUGCCAUAUAAUCCAGAUGAUCAAAAUAGAAAAUAUGGAUUUUAUAU